CCCUAACACGCAGCCCUCAGCAUGAAACCCGGCUACCAAAGAUGGCCCAGCCCCAGCCCCCGACUUCCCACGCUGAAUGGAAUUGCUCGGGCCGUAGACCCAACCAAGCUUAAACAGACGUCUAGAGUCAGACCGUGGUUCACAUCCGCACACACCUCCCCUGCAUCUGUCAUUGCACUAUGGAACAGUCAACCAAAGAUGGGAUCCUGUCACCCAGACAGAUCGAAGCGCUGAUUGCUGAGGGCCAAUCGAUCAUUAUUGUGGACCAGAAGGUGCUUCGUGUUGAUGCGUGGGUUCCGUACCAUCCUGGGGGACUUAAGGCUAUUCAGCAUGUUGUUGGGAAGGAUGCGACGGAUGAAUUUACUGUUUUUCAUUGCGACGAGACGCGGCGGAUGAGUGAGCGAUAUCAGAUUGGGAGGAUUGAGGGGCGAUGGACGAACUUCGUGCCUCCUAUCCAGGGAGGAGUAUUUCGGUCGGCUAGAGACGAAGACGAAGACAAAGAGAUUGUCACCGUAGAUGAAAAGCGCGAAGCAUCCUCGAUCGAGCCCAAAGCCACAGAUGCAGACGCAGACAUCCACAGACGACACCAUCAACCCAGCCCUACAGAGACAACCAUCACCUACACCCAAGACGAAAUAGCCUUCCUGGACACGCGAACCAAAGAAGAAAUCAAACUCACCCUAUCCCAAUACCCACCAUUGGACCCAACAACCCAAGACGAAAUCAUCGCCAAAUACCGCCUCCUACACGAGCAAAUCCAGGCCGAAGGCCUCUACACCUGCAACUACGCAGCCUACCUCUGGGAAUUCCUCCGUUGCUCUCUCCUCUUCGUCACCUCGAUCCUCCUCCUCCACAGGGGCUGGUACAAGACCAGCGCCCUCUUCCUGGGCUGGUUCUGGUCGCAAAUGGUCUUCAUGGCCCACGACGCCGGUCACAUCGCCAUAACCCACAACUUCACAAUAGACAGCCUAAUCGGGAUGCUGAUCGCCGCGCCCAUCGGCGGCCUCUCCCUCGGCUGGUGGAAACGAUCCCACAACGUCCACCACAUCGUAACCAACGCCCCCGAACACGACCCCGACAACCAACACCUCCCCUUCCUGGCCGUAAACCACCGCUUCCUAUCUAGCAUCUUCUCAACCUACCAUGACCGCCCCCUCCCCUACACCUCCGUCGCAAAAUCCCUAGUCCCCUAUCAAGCCUACACUUACUACAUCAUCCUCCUCUUCGGCCGCUUCAACCUCUACCUCCAAUCCUAUCUCUUCCUCUUCAAAGGCCAAGGACCCCGCCAGGGCCCGGCAAAAUGGCACCGCUACUUUGAAAUCGCCGGCGUAGCAAUCUUCUGGACCUGGUUCGGCUACCUCUUCCUCUACAAAUCCCUGCCGGACACUCCCACACGGAUACUCUACCUCCUCCUCAGCCACGGCGUGACAAUGCCCCUGCACGUGCAAUUCACGCUCUCCCACUUCGCGAUGUCGACGACGGAUCUGGGGCCCGGGGAAUCCUUCCCCCAGAAGAUGCUCCGCACCACGAUGGACGUCGAUUGUCCUGAGUGGUUGGAUUGGGUGCAUGGAGGGUUGCAGUUCCAGGCAAUUCAUCAUUUGUAUCCCAGGAUCCCGAGGCAUAAUUUGAGACAGUGUCAGAGGCUGGUUAUGGGGUUUUGUAGGGAGGUGGGGAUUCCGUAUGCGCUUUAUGGGUUUGUGCGGGGCAAUCGGAAGGUGGUCGGGGCUCUGGGGGAGGUGGCUGCUCAGGCGAGGGUUUUGGAGAUGUGUCGGAGGGGGAUGGUGAAGAAGGGGUUGUAUUAGCGGCGAGAUGGUUGGGUGAGGGUCGUCGAGGGGAGUGAUAUGUGGAAGGUUGAUUUCCUAUGGGAACAGGUGGGUCAGGUUUAUUCUGCAUGGCCUGUGGUCAUGUGGAUCUUCUAGAGAUGGACGUAGAGUCGUUCUGUACUUUAUCCGAUUCUUCUGCAUUUACACUAUGCAGGCACUGUACACUGUGUAAACCAGUACUUUUCAUUCAACAGAAUAGACAAAUGACGUGACCUGCGGCUUGAUAAAACCGCUGCAAAUAAUCUGCACGCUAUCAUAAUAGAGGAAUCGUAAUUGCAG